AUGAACCAAAGGGCACGAGUGAGUACAACAAAAGCAGCAGCAGGAUCAGCAGAAAAUUUUAUAAAGAUCGAUAAAGGAUAUGUGAUAAAUUCUGCAAAAUUGGUUAAAGAACAAAAUAUCAACAAUAGUAAAUUACAUUUUUUAUAUUGCUCGGCCGGUUGGACAGAUGCUAAUUCAUCCAAUUUAUAUAUGAGAGUUAAAGGAGAAAUCGAAAAUGAACUGUGUGGAAUUGGAUUUGAUCGUGUUAGUGUUUUUAAACCACAUUUUUUAAUUCCAAAGGAACCUAGAGGUAGAUUAUUGGAAAGUAUUGGUAUGAGGACGGCCAAAUUUUUUAUGGGAAAUAGAGCUACUAUUGAUGUAGAUAUUGUUGCUAGAGCAGCUGAUAUGGCAGCUAAAGUCAUUUUCACAAUAAAAAGUGCAGUUGGUAAAUCGCUUUUAUACGAUUUAUUGAAAUCGGAAAAAUUUAACGUUGUCACUUCAAUUGGACGAAGAGAAAUUGAAUAUGAUGGUCCAAAUAAGGAAUCUUUGAUUCAAAAAGUUGUUGAUUUUGAAAAAUUGAAUCAACAUGCGGAUGAUUUUAAAGGGCACGAUGUUAUAUUUUGUACAUUAGGUACAACAAAAGCAGCAGCAGGAUCAGCAGAAAAUUUUAUAAAGAUCGAUAAAGGAUAUGUGAUAAAUUCUGCAAAAUUGGUUAAAGAACAAAAUAUCAACAAUAAAGGAGAAGGAAAAUUUGUUAUUAUAAUUGAUCCAAGGUAUAGUUUCAAAGAUAAAUCCGGUAAAUCACAAGAACUUGGCUUAAAAGUUAAAAAAGCAAGUCAAUCAUGGCAAAAUAGCUUACAACUUUUGGCAACUAAAUUAUCAAACGCUCAAGGUGCAGUUGGUAAAUCGCUUUUAUACGAUUUAUUGAAAUCGGAAAAAUUUAACGUUGUCACUUCAAUUGGACGAAGAGAAAUUGAAUAUGAUGGUCCAAAUAAGGAAUCUUUGAUUCAAAAAGUUGUUGAUUUUGAAAAAUUGAAUCAACAUGCGGAUGAUUUUAAAGGGCACGAUGUUAUAUUUUGUACAUUAGGUACAACAAAAGCAGCAGCAGGAUCAGCAGAAAAUUUUAUAAAGAUCGAUAAAGGAUAUGUGAUAAAUUCUGCAAAAUUGGUUAAAGAACAAAAUAUCAACAAUAGUAAAUUACAUUUUUUAUAUUGCUCGGCCGGUUGGACAGAUGCUAAUUCAUCCAAUUUAUAUAUGAGAGUUAAAGGAGAAAUCGAAAAUGAACUGUGUGGAAUUGGAUUUGAUCGUGUUAGUGUUUUUAAACCACAUUUUUUAAUUCCAAAGGAACCUAGAGGUAGAUUAUUGGAAAGUAUUGGUAUGAGGACGGCCAAAUUUUUUAUGGGAAAUAGAGCUACUAUUGAUGUAGAUAUUGUUGCUAGAGGUAUUUACUUGGGCUUUUUUGGAAUGGUUUUUUGGUUGUAA